AUGGAUAUAAGGUUAUUCCUGCUAUUUGUGGUAAUGCUGAGCGUAAUGCAACAAGGUCCCGGUGUAUACCAGUGCCUUGUAUGCGUUGAGCCCGAGCCCGGAUAUGUCCAAAGAUUUUACCACUAUUUCACCGCAACGGAAUUCGAGAAAGUUUGUCCAAGGCCUGUCGAUAUUACAAUGCGAAUUGGCAAUGAGAUGUUGUGUACUCUUCUCUGUGCCCUUGUAAGCCUGCUGUUAAGGAACGCUCCAGCCAUUGGGAGACGUGUCAGAAAGGGAUACUCAAUCAUGAUGUCGAUGAUCCACGAAUGGAGGACUCGUCCUGCACGCUGUCCUCACUGCGGAACUGUACCCUGUCAGGUCAAACGAAGAUCUUUGUGGAAGCCCUCCGGAUCUCGGAAGAGGAACAAAGCCAAUUUCGCCGCCCGAGCAAAAGCAAUGGAAUUGUUCAACUAUGGACUCGAGUUGUCCAUGGUGCUUACAAAAGAGCUUCCCCGAGAUGACCUCUACUGGCAGAGGAAAUUCUGUCACCAGUUUGAAGAGAAGCACAUGGUGCUGUUUCCACUUUGUAUCCAGCGCCAGAUCAACUAUUGGUACCCAGUUCCUCGCUAG